AUGCACCUGGGACUGAUAAAACUGUUAACUGAUUACACAGGGCUCAUCGCUACCGACUCUGUGCGUCAGGAACUGGUCAUUAUGGCCGUGCUGGUGGCGUGCAUGCUCGUGUACACACACAUCGCUCUAAAUGUAACCUUUAACAUGCCGGUAGGGAUGUUUUCCACCAGGCCGUGCGCGUGUCUAAAACGCUGUUUAAAAGAAGAGCAGAACUCCUGGUUUGCGGAGCGCUACAACAGCAGCGUCCCUAAAUUACUGAACAGAAGGAACAGCGACCUCAGCAACUCCACCAAACGCUGGUGGCUGAGACUUCAGAAUAACAGAAGUAACUACAGCGCAGUCAUAGAGCCCCUGUUCUCCAUGUUCCCUGAUAAGGAACACUACACUGACGCUGGACCUGACCGCUGCAGGACCUGCGCUGUGGUGGGAAACUCGGCCAACCUGCUGGAAUCCAAAUACGGCGCUUUAAUAGACACCCAUGACUUCAUAUUCAGGAUGAACAUGGCUCCAACUGCAGGCUACGAAACGGACGUCGGAUCAAAAACCACGCAUCGAUCCAUCUACCCCGAGAGCGCCGUGGACUUCGACAACUCCACCCAUCUACUGAUGCUGCCGUUUAAAGUUUUGGACCUGGAGUGGCUCAUCAGUAUCUUCACCACCCAAAAUAUAACACGCACGUAUAAGAGAGUGAGAAGAACAAUAAAAGCACAGAAAGAGAAUGUGAUGAUUUUGAACCCUGAGUUUAUAAAAUAUGUCUAUGACAGUUGGCUGAGGAAAAAUGGAAAAUACCCAUCAACCGGCUUCAUCAUACUCAUGCUGGCCACGCACAUCUGUGACCAGGUGAAUGUGUUUGGAUUCGGGGCCAACAAAGAAGGAAAAUGGUUACAUUACUUUGAAAAAAGGCAUCGCCCCAAUCUCAACGGGGGUGUGCACCGUGGGUCCGCUGAAUUCAACAUCCUCCUGGAACUCGAAAAAAGAGAGAUGAUCCAUUAUUAUAGAGGAUGGUAA